AUGCUCACCAGCAUCCUAUCGCGCCUACGCCCAUCAUGGCUCCCUCCGUUCCAAACAAACCCAACCCCAACAACCAGCCAGGAUCCCGAAGCCCCACCCCUCGACAUCGAAGAUGAGCCCCUCGAAGUAGCCAUCAUAGGCUGCGGCAUCAUCGGAGCAAUCCUUGCCCUCGGCCUCCUGGCCAAAAAUAUCAAGGUAACAGUGUACGAGCAAGCCCGGAGUCCCCCUGAGACCGGCGCAGGAAUCGCCUUCACGGCCAAUGCCCGACGGUGCAUGUCAAUGAUCGACCAACGUAUCGUCGACUGUGUGGCCGCCGUGGCUACGACAAACGGGGACCCAAGUAAUCCGAACAAUAAUAUGCACUUCGUUGAUGGGUAUAAUCAUGACCCGGAUGGUCUGGAUGAUAUGACCUGGAAGAAGCUCUAUGCGUUGGCGACAGGGCCGAAGGGGUUUGAGGGGUGUCAUCGGGCGCAUUUCCUGGAGGAAGUUAUCAGGCUUAUUCCCGGGGGUGUGGUGAAGUUAGGGAAGAGGCUGGACCGGGUGGAGGAUUAUGGGGUGGGCAAGGUUUUAUUGAGGUUUUGCGAUGGGAGUGUUGGGAGGGCGGAUGCUGUUAUCGGAUGCGAUGGGAUCAAGUCUCGUGUGCGCGAGCUCAUCCUGGGCGAAGGUAAUCCCGCCUCCUAUCCGCAUUAUACACACAAGGUGGCCUAUCGAGGGCUAGUCCCCAUGCAAGAAGCGACCGCUCGACUGGGUCACUACCGCGCGCACAACCAGCAUAUGUAUGGCGGUCCGAACGCGCACGUCCUUCACUUUCCUGUUGCCAAGCAGACUCUAAUGAACGUGGUGGCCUUCGUCACGGACCCCAAUGACUGGCCUCUCGACCGCAGUAUGUCGCAGCUGGCGACUAAAGAUGAAGUGGCUGGUGCCUUUGCGGAUUGGGGCCCGACAGUGAGAGCUAUCAUCGAUCUACUGCCUGUUGAGUUGGAGAAAUGGGGUGUUUUCGAUUCUCUGGAAUACCCUGCGCCGACUUACUCGCAUGGACGUGUGUGUAUCGCUGGUGAUGCGGCUCAUGCGUCGUCGCCGCAUCAUGGAGCCGGUGCUGGGAUUGGGAUUGAGGAUGGAUUGGCGUUGACUGUUUUGUUGGACAUGGUGCAAUCACGUAUUAAGACUCCAGGCGGACGGAAGACUGUGGCUCUCCAGGCCGCGUUUGCGGCGUUCAGUGCGGUGCGUCGUGAGCGGUCUCAAUGGUUGGUGAGAAGUAGUCGUGAAGCUUGUGAGAUCUAUGAGUGGAAUUAUCCGCACUGUGGCUCGGAUAUGGACAAGGGGUAUGAUGACAUCAAACGGCGGUCUCAUAAGAUCUGGCAUUUUGAUAUCGAUGGUAUGUUGAGACAAUUGGAAGUAGAGUAUAGAAGACAUUUCGGAGCGUGA